GAGGAGCGGCAGCGGCCAGGCAGCCCAGGUUCGCGAAGGCUCUCGGCGCGCCGCGGCCCGCAGGUACCCGGCACGCGCCCGCCCUGCCGCGACGAUGCCCAAGAGGAAGGUCAGCUCCGCCGAGGGGGCGGCGAAGGAGGAGCCCAAGAGGAGAUCGGCGAGGUUGUCAGCUAAACCGGUUCCUGCAAAAGUGGAAACGAAGCCAAAAAAGGCGGCAGGAAAGGAUAAAUCUUCCGACAAAAAAGUGCAAACAAAAGGGAAAAGGGGAGCAAAGGGAAAGCAGGCUGAAGUGGCUAACCAAGAGACUAAAGAAGACUUACCUGCAGAAAAUGGAGAAACUAAAAAUGAGGAGAGCCCAGCUUCUGAUGAAGCAGGAGAGAAAGAAGCCAAGUCUGAUUAAUAUCACACACCUGGUCCUAUCAGUGGUCCCUGUUUCCCUUCUUGUACAAUCCAGAGGAAUAUUUUUAUCAACUAUUUUGUAAAUGCAAGUUUUUUAGUAGCUCUAGAAACAUUUUUAAAAAGGAAGGAAUCCCACCUCAUCCCAUUUUUUAAGUGUAAAUGCUUUUUUUUAAGAGGUGAAAUCAUUUGCUCGUUGUUUAUUUUUUGGUACAACCAGAAAAUAGUGGGAUAUUGAAUAUGGGAGGCUUUGAUUGUCUUGGGUGUCAGCUUAACAUUCCACAGAUGGAGGGUAGCUUUUAUAUCCUAUAAUACAAAGCAUACUACAUGGCAGUUUGGAGUCAGUUGCGCAUUUAAUGUCUUAAACACUUUAAAUUACUUCUCUUCCCACGUUGUUUUUGGUAGAAUUGUUUCCUAAAGCAAACCACUCACCCCUUGAUCUUGGCUCUCCUGGGCAGAGUUUUGUGCACUCUGUAACAUCUUUGAUCGUGGUAGUCCAGUUCUUCUAGUAACUGUUAAUGUGCUGUGAACGAUUGACAAUUUGAGUAUGUAGUGUAUGUGAUAUUAAAUUGUGAAUUAGUGGGACUUACGAUGUAACAGCAUAUCAAUAUUUGAAGAUAUUGGUACUUGAUAUCCUGUGAAGGAAAAUUUGCCCCCAAAUUUUAAGCUGGAAAGUCACUGGAAUAACUGUUCAGAAAAGAAUCACAACUACAUGAUUUUUUAGGUUUUUGGUACGUAUGUUGAGAAUUGUGUACAAAUUGAAGUGUCUGUGUACUGAUCCUCAAAACAACCAAUAAAAUCUCAAUUAUGAAAGAAAAAAAAAAAAUCUUCCAACAAACAAAAGUCCAGGAGCAGAUGGCUUCACAGGUGAAUUCUAUCAAACAUUUAGAGAAGAGCUAACACCCAUCCUUCUCAAACUCUUCCAAAAAAUUGCAGAGGAAGGAACACUCCCAAACUCAUUCUAUGAGGCUACUGUCACCCAGAUACCAAAACCAGACAAAGAUACCACAAAAAAGAAAAUUACAGGCCAAUAUCACUGAUGAACAUAGAUGCAAAAAUCCUCAACAAAAUACUAGCAAACUGAAUCCAGCAAUACAUUAAAAGGAUCAUAUGCCAUGGUAAAGUGGAGUUUAUCCCAGGGACACAAAGAUUUUUCAAUAUCCACAAAUCAUUCAGUGUGAUACACCACGCUAACAAAGUGAAGGAAAAAAACCAUAUGAUCAUGUCAAUCCCAAACUCCCAGUCUAUCCCUCCCCCACUCCCCCUGGUAACCAUAAGUUCAUUCUCUAAUUCUGUGAGUCUGUUUGCUUUCCAAAUAAGUUCAUUUGUAUAGGUUUUUUUGGAUUCUGCAUAUAAAGCAAUAUCAUAUGAUACUUGUCUUUCUCUGUCUGACUUCACUUAGUAUGACAAUCUCCAGGUCCAUCCAUGUUGCUUUUCAAUGGCUGAGUAAUAUUCCAUUGUUUCCAUAUAUCACUUAUAUGCAGAACCAAAAAAAAAUGAUACAAACGAACUUAUUUACAGAACAGAAGCAGACUCACAGACAUAGGAAAACUUAUGAUUACCAAAGGGGAAAGGUGAAGGUGGGGAGGGAUAAACUGGGAGUUUGGGAUGGACAUGUACACACUACUACAUUUAAAAUAGAUAACCAACAAGGGUCUGCUGUGUAGCACAGGGAACACUGCUCAAUAUUCUGUAAUAACAUAAAUGGGAAGAGAAUUUGAAAAAGAAUAGAUACAUGUAUAUGAAUAACUGAAUCACUCUGCUGUACACCUGAAACUAACACAACAUUGUAAAUCAACCAUAGUCCAAUAUAAAAUAAAAAUUUUAAAAAAAGAACACACACACAAAGUAACAGAGCUGCAAGGAGUUGUUGUCAUAUCUAUAGCCUAAUCAGAGACUCUAAUAUACCUCUUCUUGAAAACUUACAGUUCAAGUAUACAAAAGAAGAAAUGAACAACAUACUUCAUUAGCAUUUUUAUAUAUGUAUUCCUAUUUUAUAUAUGUAUUCCUAUUCAUUAGCAUUUUUAUAUAUGUAUUCCUGUAUAUGUACAUAGGCAUAGAAUAGACAGUCUGUUCAAACACACAUGACAUUUGUCAUGGACUACACAAAAGAAAACUAAAACUAAACACCUCAAAAAAGUAUCAUAGAUGAUAUUCUCUACAACACAAUACAAACAGAAGUAAAAAGUGAGGUUACACAACCUUAUAUGUCUGAGUUUUGUUUUUUAAAUAAUUAGUCAAAGAUGAAAUAAAGUAAAACUACAAAAGAUUUAGACCUGAAUGAAAAUGAAAGCACUAUGUGCCAAAAACAGAGAAGCAACUAAAAUGAAACUUAGAGGAACAUUCAUAGCUUCAGAUGCAUUUCUGGAAAAACAAAUAAAACUAAAAUUUCAAA